CCGCCAGCCUCGAUCCUCUUUGAUCAACCGACAGCUUCCGUGGCGAUUUGCUACACUGUGCAAUUCCAGCUCACGAAGCGUCUACUGGGCCUGAUAUCUCGACAAAUAACGCCGCGCCGGGUGACCAAAUACUUACGGUUGCUAUUUGGCGUGCGCGCCCCGUCAAUGCCAGUAUCUCGACGACCAGGCCAAAGCCGCAGCUCACACUCUCGCAAGCGUGCGACGACACAACAGAAUCAAGAAGACGACUGGUAUUCUAUCAAGCGUAUACUCGAUCAGCGCGAACAGGACGGAUAUACGGAGUACCUGGUGGACUGGGACGACAAUCAUAUAACUGGCGAAUCUUAUUCCCCGUCUUGGAGCCGAUUUGUUACAGACGCAGCUAAAUCUGAAUGGGCAGCUCGCAAUAGCGAUCCGCAUACAGUAGAGUCACAACUACAAGGGUCAACCGAGAGCGCUGCUGCCGAAGAGAGCCAAGAGAGCCAACCUCCACGACCUUCGAAUUUCAGGAGCCUUAAGAGGGCUUUUGCGAAUCGAUUGAGCUCUCACCGUAUUCUAUCAUCUUCAAAUAUAGAAGAGAGCCCCAGAAAGAUACAAAAGACGCACCGGCGCAUUUCGACACGCUCAAACAACAGCCAAUCCAACAGUUCCUCGGUAUCCUUGACUGGCAUACUGUGCUCUGAUAACAUCGCCGAAUCCAAUCAAACGAUAUUUGUUGGCUUGCAAGGAAACCCGGACUUUGAUCCAAACGAUUUCUAUAGCGUACCCAACAGUCAAGCAACCGCACUUCCUUCGUCCCAGCUAGUUGCCUCCAUCGACGACGAGCUGGUUCUCGCUGCUCGAGUUUCUCAAAACACCAUACCGGACUCGCAAGAUUCGUCAGGACAAUCUUUAAACCAACAGGAUAGCCUCGCUUUUACUACAUUAUCGAGCCCUAGCCAGAACGUGGAGACUGACUCCUUUUCUGGUCAAAGCGAGUUGCCAUCUCGACAAUUCUAUUCCCACGUUUUGGCCAGCCCAGACCUGGAAUCUCUGAGAACUGAACAGGAUUCUGUUUCUAGGACAUCACUCUCGAUCAAUCGUCCGCAAUCCUCUAUUACUGGGUUUCAAUCCCAGGCGCCUCUGUUCCAACCCUUCAACAACGAACUUAACUCCUCCCCACAUCCACCAACACAGGAGAGUCCUUCGGUGAUCAAAGAGACACAGGAUUCUGAAUUCGGCAGUCUUCCGACCGAACAAACACUUGACAACGACGAUCACACAAAUUUACAAGCAGCCCAGGCUCUACAUAGCGAUUUCUACCCAUCGCCGGCCAAGAUCACCGAUAGUAACUCCGCCAGCACAGAACCCAGAGCCAGUGGGUUCCAGUCUCAAAUACAGUUUUCGCUUGCUGAUUUGACAGAAUCAUCAAUACACUCUAGCGCUUCUAACUACACAAACACAGCCGCCGAAAUGGCAGACAAUACAGACACCAGCGCCGUACCAAACUCGGGCGCAGCAGCGGACGAACUAAGUGAAUUGAUAAACUUGGACUCCAUAGUGGACGCUGGAUCAACAGUUCCUGACCCCAACGCUACUGAUUUUGUAGUUACAUCUGCACUUCCGAGUACUGUGGAGGAAACUAUUAUGUCUAAUGAGCUGGUUACAACAACAGUUGACGACACGCUAUUGCAGCCUGAUACCGUAACUGCACCUGUUCCAACCGGGUUGGAUGAUAUCCUAAGUUCGGGAUUUGGAGUACCGCCGGAAAAACAACUUGUGGAUUCCCUAUUAGCCCCUCCAGCGGAAGAUAUGGGAACAAUCUCACCGUCGGAUAUUUUGGCAUCUGGAAGUCUUCAACCCCCAAUUUCGUUUGGUACCGAUGACCAAGUGCUUUCUAUGGAGCAACAGUUCACCGGAGAUCCUUUCUCCAAGGCAGAUUCGACUCCAGGCAGCCCACUCCCUCUACAAUCGCGGCAUGUCGUCACAUUACCAUUCCAAGCCAACAUUCGACCCCAAUAUGACGAUGCAUUAUUGGCAUCGCGCCAGUAUAUUUCAAAAUUUGCUGGCUUCUUUGCAGCAGAGACAUUUGUUGAACCAGACCAAGAGCUGGUGCAAAAGAUUGACACCGUCUUCUCCACGCUUUACGACUUUUGCGACUACCCACAAGAUUCUGUGGGCACAUCCAUCGAGAGUCUUUCUGUAGCCGAUCAAGUGAAAUACGCUUGUGAUGCCAAUUCGAAAUUCGAUUUCGUGUGCGGCUUCCUCAAGGAUAUCCGUGUCGAUACGAGGAUACUGAUCGUAGCUCGUUCGGUGGAGCUUAUUCGGCUGCUUCAUCAUAUCACAGUCUCCCUUAAUAUUGGAUGCUCAGCGUCUGCUCUGGGGAUAUCAAGUGAUGCUCUCGCAUCGUCAGCGGCGUCUGUGACGUUGGCCUUGCCAAACGAGGCGUUUAACCCUUCUGCAUUUAACGUGAUUAUUGGGUUUGAUCAUGCCUUUGGCCAAUCCGCUGUAGGUCUCGCACUCUCUGAUGACUCGGAACCUGAGCACUCGCCAUUGGUGUUGCUUCUCGUUGCCAUGUACUCGGUUGAGCAUAUUGAUGCUGAGCUUCACGAAAAUCUUACGCCAUUGGAGCGCAAAAACGCAUUCCUUUCGUGUAUAGUAAACGCACGCAGAUUGAUGGCGGACAGCAAUGACUCAUUUUUGGAACCUCGCGAAGUUGCUCUCAAGUUUAGCGACUACGUCAAUGGUGCAACGUCUGUUGUAAUGUGGAAACCCGUUUCUCUACCAAAUGAUGUCUUGGAUAUCUUCAUGAGCAGCCAGGCUCGGCCGCAAGGUCAAGAUAACGAAGAGGAAGACCAGAGCCGCAAGCGCAAAUUGGAAGAUGAUUCGGAUGACGAAACUUCCGAUGAAGCGAAACGAAUGCGAAUUCUCCCACGGGCUGACCCUGCUGACGACAAGUAUGACCAGCCAUUGUCAGAUGAGAUUCAAAGCAUGCUCAGCAGCGUUUCUCCUGCGGACGAGGCCGCGCAAAUGACAGAUGCACGCAUUCGAGUUUCUUUGGGCGUCUUACAGGUUCUUGCGGAAAAGUUUGCUGAAUUAGACCGCCAAGUAAAGGCCAAAGAUCUUAGCAAUGAAUUCAAAGCGACCAUCGAUGGGUUAGAGAAGCGAGUCAAGGAGUAUGAGAACAGCAGCGGCAAGACGUAUAAGCGCUUGAGAACGGCCGUUGAAGACCGUACAAAGUUCAACAUGGAGAAGCGGAAGGCGGAAGAGAGCCUAGAAAAGGCCAAGGCAGCCGCUGAAAAACAGGAGAAAAAGGCACAGGCCAAAAUAGCUGAUCUCGAAGCCACCAUUGCUCGACUCACGGGUGCUGGCGGCGAGGGUAGCGAGAAGACUGCGCUUGCAGAGUCGGAAGAGCUGCUCAAGAAAGCCCAAGAAAAUGUUGAAUCCCUGACCAAGCGGGUUAAGGCGACUCAGACAGAAGGCGAAUAUGCCCGUAAGAUGUACCAGGAUGCAUCUACUACAGCAGCAUCGCUCCGUUCCGAGAACGUUGAUCUGACGGCACAGAUUGACGAGUUGCGCCGCAAGGCAUCAGACAACUUGGCAGCCAUCCAGAAGACACAGGCGGAAUCAGAAACCAAGACAUAUCUACGCCGUAUUCGCGCCUUGCAAAUCGAGUUGCGUGAGCGGGAAAUGGACUUGGACCGAACCAAGGACGAGCUGCGCCAGAUUCGUAGUGCUCGCCGAGAUACACGUGGCGGAAGCGUGCCUCGUAGCCCCCGUAUGGGUAUGAUGAGCCCUCGACCGGGUCGAGCUUAUGGAGCGAGUGCAAGUCGGGGCACUAGUCCUGCACCGGUGCCUGGCGUUGAGGGAGCCGUGGCUAGCAAUGGCCGUUUCAACCAUUUGCGAGAGUAAAAGGCUGACAUCCUAGAGUUGGUUGAAUUUUAAGAGGCGUUAAUGGAUUAAAGGAUAUGAUAUAUUAUGAACUAUUCUUUUUUGUUUGCUUAUUUUUUUGGCGCUUGGAUGGCUUGAUAGUAUUGCUUCCUGGUACAAUGUUAUAGAUCACCAGCAAUGGGACGUCACUACCAUGUAUACCACAAACCCCCCAAAAACAGUCUUAUAUGCGUGUGUAUAUGUUCUAAUCUGUUUAGUGAUAUCCGAAGAUGUGAGGUCACAAGUGUAACAGAACGGAUAGUAACGAGAACCGCCAAUUGGGUGCUAACAAAUGAAAUGAAAUAUUGAUUUUUGACGUGGAGAUGGCAAUAUGACCACCUGAACUUAAUGGCUAACCUGACACGAGAGGAAUUGCGUCUGGAAAGUGCACCUUGCCCAAAGAAAAUCUAUGCCCAGCUGUCUUGGCCCAGUCCCUUGACUCUUCCAAUCAACUCCUUCUAAUAUCAUAUACAAAGGGCAUUCUUCAGCAACCUCCUUCUAAAGCCUUUACAAGAUUCCUCCUCCGCGGCGCUCUUUUCAGUUCCCGUUCAUGGGACAACGAAAAAACAAGUUUUCAAAAAAAUAUCAAGGUCCUUUCGCAAUGCGUUUACUUCUCCUCGGGGUAGAGGUCCUCCUUCAAGGGGACACCGAGCUCUUCCCGCAGAGACUUGAGCUCGUGGAGAUAUUGGUCGUACUGGGUCUUGUUCUCGACCUUGGCCUUGACACCUAUCAUUGGAAAAAUAUAAUGUUAGCAACUGGCUUCUUCAUCACCCGCCCAGCAUCGUUUAAUGCUUCAAGCUUCGGAAAAACGCGGCAAAGUAUAGCGUACCCUCGAAAACGCGGACGGCGGUAGCAAAGUCGUUAACACGGCGAGCAGCCUUGAGAGCGGCAGCGACGACAGAGACGGAGGGGACAAGAUCGUAAGCGAAAGCGUUGUUGAGGUUGCGCUAUAAAAGGACAACUGGGUUAGCGACUGGUUGGUGCAGAUUGCCGCGGUCGGCCGGGACUGGGUGGAUACACAUACCUGGAGCUCGAAGACAUCCUGAACGCUGUCGAAUUCCUUCUCGAAUCUAUUGAUGGGGGGAAAAGACGCUGGUUAGCGAUAUAUUCAUGAUUGGCAGUUUGAUUUUCGACCAGGCAAUGGGGAUUGGUGGUGGUUGACGACGCCGGGCGAUGUGCAAGCUGACUAGGAAAAAACACGCGAAAAAUAGAGCGACUGGCCAGUUGGUGAUGUCGUUGCCGGAACAGGUCGACCGGGGACCAUUGCGUCGAAUUGCCUGCUUUGCCUGUACGAAUUUAUUCUCCUUACCUGGCAGUGAACUCCUCGAAGGUCUCCUCGGCGUGCUCAGCGCGGCGAUGCAUGGAGGUGCUGAAAGAAACGCGGGCCAUUAGGGGCAUGGCGGCAGGGCGGACGGCAGCAGCGCGAGCAAAGGUGGCGGGGCCGCGAGCGGCGAGGCGGAAGAGAGAGGCGGGCAUCUUGAAGAUGAUAUUUGCGAUUAAAUCGGGGAGGAUUGAGAGGUGUCGGGGGUGGAUUGAGACUCGGCGAUGUUGG